AUGGAGAAGAAGGCAAGCUCGACGAAGGCCACUACCGCUGGUCGGAAGCGCCCCGCUACUAAAGGUGCUAAAGCCACCGCGAAGAAGCCUGCGAAGAAGGCAUCUACCAAGGCUGCUAAACCCAAGGCCAAACCUAAGUCCAAACGCGUAGUGAGGGGUGUUGCGAAGAAGAAGCGUGUUGUGAGGAAGAAGCGACCGGUCAAAGCACCCAGGGUGACGCUCGCCAUGGCGCCACCGAGAGGUUACCCAGGUGCCUUCAUUCUAUUCCACAAGCACAGGAUUCUUCAGGUGGGCGCCCCAUCUACGUCGGUGGAUCAAGCGCAGCAGUCGGCACGCGACAGCGGGGCUGCAUGGCAUGCCCUCUCUGAGGCGGAGAAGGAGCCCUUUUUUAAGCAGGCUGAGGUCUUCAAAGAAGAGUAUAAGAAGAAACGUGCAGAAUACUUCGAGAAUAACGACCCUAAGAUCUUGAGAACCCUUAACAAGAAACGAGUUGCGAAAGGACACAAGAAGCUUCGAAACCAUCGACCUGCUGGCCAAGAACCAAAGCCGAUUUCUUCGUACUUCAGAUUCAUGGCUGAGUUCCGUGAAACAACAGAAGGGACUCACCUCACAGGCGCUGCCGCUGCCCGCGCUGCAGGUGAACGAUGGCGCGCAAUGUCAGAAGAAGAGAAAGACGUUUACAAGCAGGCAUGGCUUACCGACAAAGCUGAAUGGGAGAAACGUCGACAGUCAUCAUCAUAA